CUCGGGGGCUCGGGGGCUCGGCGCCGCGCUGCCGGGCGGAGAUGGCGCAGGCGGCGCUGGGCGCGGCGGGGCUGCACUUGGACGAGCUGAGCAAGCUGCGGGUGCUGGAGCCCGGGGCGGCGCAGCAGACGGCGCGGCUGCGGGAGGAGUGCCGGGCCUUCCUGGACAAAAUAGUAGAAUUUCAGAGAAUAGUGGGGAGCUUAAUAGAGCUUGUGGAUCAACUGGCAAAAGCUGCUGAAAGUGAGAAGAUGAAGGCCAUUGGCGCGCGGAAUCUGCUCAAGUCCAUGGCGAAGCAAAGAGAAGCUCAGGAGCAGCAGCUCCAGGCUCUGAUAGCGGAGAAGAAGAUGCAGCUGGAGAGAGUUAGGAAACACCCCAACGAGUUGUGAUUAGCAGAACAGACCAAUUACGGACUCGUGAAACAGAAAAUACAGCAGAAUGAAGAACAUCAAACUGCGCCCCUGGUGUGUCCACCCCGGGAGGGCAGAGUCGGGUCCUUCACGGGCCUCGGUGGUGACAGAGCCGCAGGUGUGACGGUGAACAGCUCAGCCCUGGGAUCUGAAACCUAUUGAACAGCUCAGCCCUGGGAUCUGAAACCCAUUGAACAGCUCAGUCCUGGGAUCUGAAACCCACUGAACAGCUCAGUCCUGGGAUCUGAAACCCACUGAACAGCUCAGCCCUGGGAUCUGAAACCCACUGAACAGCUCAGCCCUGGGAUCUGAAACCUAUUGAACAGCUCAGCCCUGGGAUCUGAAAUCCAGCCUGUGCUGACGUGUGAACUGAUGCACUUCAUGUCAGUCUCCAGGCUGCCGAACACGGACCGUUGGCCUGUUGGGAGCAUUUUACACCCGCGAAGUCCUGAAAUGCACAAGCAGGGGCUGAAGCGCCUCCUCCGUGACCUGUUUUACACACUCUCCAAGUUUGAUUCUUGCAGAUCAGAUUAAGAACUUAAAGUGAACCAAUGA